AUUUUCAUAUUUAUUGAACUAUUUUGGUUUGGAAAAUAUCGCACUCAAUCGAUUUCACGUCAUUCUUGAAUGAUGCUGAUGCAACCAACAAUCAACGAGAAUAGUUAACUUUGUUUUUUUCACUUUUUUUUUGUAUUUUUUGUCGCUAAUUAAAUGGGGUUAAGUUAUCAAAUAAUAAUACCAUCUAACUUUUUCGUUUGUUUAAAAAUACCCAUCUUCUUUUUAAAGUUGCAAUUUUGAUAAUUUGUCUUUGACCUUUUAUGAAUGUUUCAAAACUAUUAUUGGAGUUGGAUGAUAAUUUUGACCGAAAAUGGUGUGAUAAUGACCUAGAAUAGGUGACGAUCAAAUUUUUUGUUUCAGGUCCUCAUCACACUGUUUUAAAUAUUGAUUUCAUAUGAUAUUCUAAAGUAUUUAUAAUAUUUUAAUGGUAAUUUUGAAAUAUUUAUUAAAAGUCAAACUAUAAUAUUGUAACUUAUCUAAAGUUUAAAUAUAUAAUUAUAACCAAAUAGUUGGGGAAAAGAUAAUUACACAUUCUAUUUAAUUUUCAUGUUUAUAUUUCGACAAGCUUAGUUUCUUUGAAGUUAUAAUGAUGAAAUCCUACACCAACCAUUGCUAUUUUGAAUUUUCCUCACCAGAUUUUUUUCUAUAUUUUGGACCAAAUAAUAAUAACUCCUAUUAAAAUAAAGAAUAUAAAAGCAAUAAGAAAUAUAUAAUUAUUGCAUGGCAUUAUUAUUAUUAAAAUAAUUUUGGAGAGGGAUAAACAUUUAUACAAAUUUAAUGCAAUUACAGAUGGAUGGAAAGUGUAUUUAUAUUUGACAUAAAAAAGAAAAUAGAGUUUUGAAUGAAUCUGACAUUUCCUUUUUAUCAUGCUUUGAUAAAAGACUAUGGAGUAAAUGCAAUGGUUGAGAACAUUAAAUAAGUCGCCGCUGAGUUUGGUAGGGAACUUUUUGCAUUAUAUAAGCAGGUUUAUAUCAGGGUUUAUCAUUGGAUUUGUGAGGGUAUGGCAAAUCAGUCUUGUCACAUUAUCUAUUGUUCCUUUGAUUGCACUUGCUGGUGGUCUCUAUGCUUUUGUCACCAUUGGUCUUAUUGCGAAAGUAAGAAAAUCCUAUGUCAAGGCUGGUGAGAUUGCUGAAGAGAUUCUAGGAAAUGUAAGAACAGUUCAAGCAUUUGCUGGGGAAGAAAGAGCAGUAAAUUUAUACAAAGGAGCUCUCAAGAAUACCUACAAGUAUGGUAGAAAAGCAGGGCUGGCUAAGGGACUGGGCCUGGGAUCAAUGCAUUGUGUUCUUUUCUUGUCAUGGGCUCUGCUAGUUUGGUUUACCAGCAUUGUUGUUCACAAGGGCAUUGCCAAUGGUGGAGACUCCUUCACCACAAUGCUUAAUGUUGUCAUUUCUGGCCUGUCACUUGGGCAGGCUGCACCAGAUAUUUCCGCCUUUGUUCGAGCAAAGGCAGCAGCAUAUCCUAUUUUUCAGAUGAUAGAGAGGAACACAGUAAGCAAAAGCAGCUCCAAAACUGGCCGGAAACUGAACAAGCUUGAGGGUCAUAUUCAAUUCAAGGAUGUUAAUUUCAGCUACCCAUCUCGUUUGGAUGUAAUUAUAUUUAAUAAGUUAUCUCUUGAUAUUCCUGCGGGCAAGAUUGUAGCUCUUGUGGGAGGAAGUGGAUCAGGAAAGAGCACGGUGAUAUCUUUGAUCGAACGAUUCUAUGAACCCCUUUCUGGAGAGAUUCUAUUAGAUGGUAAUAACAUCAAGGAACUGGAUCUCAAGUGGCUUAGGCAGCAAAUUGGUUUGGUCAAUCAAGAGCCUGCUCUCUUUGCUACAAGCAUUAGGGAGAACAUUCUAUAUGGAAAAGAUGAUGCUACCCUCGAGGACAUAACACGUGCAGCGAAACUUUCUGAGGCUUUAUCAUUUAUAAACAAUCUCCCUGAAAGAUUUGAAACUCAGGUUGGUGAGAGAGGGGUCCAAUUAUCAGGGGGACAAAAACAAAGGAUUGCAAUAUCUCGUGCAGUCGUUAAAAAUCCAUCAAUCUUGUUGUUGGACGAGGCAACAAGUGCACUAGAUGCAGAAUCUGAAAAGAGUGUUCAAGAGGCACUCGAUCGAGUCAUGGUUGGUCGAACGACUGUAGUGGUGGCUCAUCGUCUAUCUACCAUAAGGAAUGCAGAUGUGAUUGCUGUCGUUCAAGAGGGGAAGAUAGUCGAAACCGGAAGCCAUGAUGAGCUCAUUUCAAAGCCGGACAGUGUCUAUGCAUCUCUUGUCCAAUUCCAAGAAACAGCAUCUCUACAACGCCAUCCCUCGAUUGGACAGUUGGGUCGACACCCUAGUAUAAAGUACUCUCGAGAAUUAUCUCGCACUACAACGAGCUUUGGUGCAAGUUUUCGCUCUGAGAAAGAAUCUCUUGGACGGAUUGGAGUUGAUGGAAUGGAAAUGGAGAAACCAAGGCAUGUUUCAGCAAGAAGACUUUACUCCAUGGUUGGACCGGAUUGGAUGUAUGGAAUUGUCGGCGUCAUUGGAGCAUUUGUUACUGGAUCCCAGAUGCCCCUUUUUGCUCUUGGAGUCUCUCAGGCUCUUGUUGCUUUUUACAUGGACUGGAAUACAACUCAACAUGAGAUCAAGAAAAUUUCUCUGCUUUUCUGUGGCGGUGCAGUUUUAACUGUCAUUUUUCAUGCACUUGAGCAUCUUUGUUUUGGAAUCAUGGGAGAGCGACUUACUCUUCGAGUUCGAGAAAUGAUGUUCCAUGCUAUUUUGAGAAAUGAGAUAGGAUGGUUCGAUGAUAUGAACAACACAAGUGCUAUGCUUUCAUCACGUCUAGAAACUGAUGCAACUUUGUUACGAACUAUCGUUGUCGACCGCUCUACAAUUCUUCUGCAGAAUCUAGCUUUGGUCGUUGCGUCUUUCAUCAUUUCUUUCAUAUUGAAUUGGAGAAUCACUCUAGUUGUCUUGGCCACUUAUCCAUUGAUCAUUAGCGGUCACAUUAGCGAGAAACUUUUUAUGCAAGGCUACGGUGGAAAUUUGAGCAAAGCAUACUUGAAAGCCAAUACACUGGCUGGUGAGGCAGUUGGCAACAUUAGAACUGUUGCUGCAUUUUGUUCUGAGCAGAAGGUCCUUGAUCUAUAUGCUAGGGAGCUUGUUGAGCCCUCGAGACGUUCACUUAAACGUGGACAGAUUGCUGGAAUAUUCUAUGGUGUCUCCCAGUUCUUCAUCUUUUCAUCUUAUGGUCUGGCCUUAUGGUAUGGUUCGGUCUUGAUGGGACAGGGGCUUGCUAGCUUCAAAUCUGUUAUGAAAGCAUUCAUGGUUUUGAUAGUAACUGCCUUGGCAAUGGGUGAAACUUUGGCACUGGCCCCUGACCUUUUAAAGGGAAACCAGAUGGUGGCAUCAGUGUUUGAGGUGAUGGACCGACAGACGGAGGUGUCGAGUGAUGUCGGUGAAGAGCUAAAUGUGGUGGAGGGUACCAUUGAGCUGAGAAGUGUUGAGUUCAGCUAUCCAUCAAGACCAGAUGUUUUGAUCUUCAAAGAUUUCAACCUUAAAGUGAGAGCAGGCAAGAGUAUAGCCUUAGUUGGGCAAAGCGGUUCAGGGAAAAGCUCGGUUCUAGCUCUUAUACUGCGAUUUUAUGAUCCAAUUGCUGGAAAGGUGAUGAUUGAUGGAAAAGAUAUUAAAAAACUGAAGAUCAAAUCUCUCAGAAAGCACAUUGGCCUUGUCCAACAAGAACCGGCUCUUUUUGCCACGUCAAUUUAUGAGAACAUUCUUUACGGGAAAGAAGGAGCUUCAGAAGCCGAAGUAUUUGAAGCAGCGAAACUCGCCAAUGCUCAUAACUUCAUCAGUGCUCUUCCUGAAGGCUACUCAACAAAAGUUGGUGAAAGAGGGAUCCAACUUUCGGGUGGCCAACGACAAAGGAUAGCCAUUGCAAGAGCAGUCCUCAAGAACCCGGAAAUACUACUACUCGAUGAAGCCACGAGCGCUCUUGAUGUUGAAUCGGAACGUGUGGUUCAGCAAGCCUUAGACAGAUUGAUGAUGAACAGAACAACUGUGGUGGUUGCACAUAGGCUUUCCACCAUUAAAAAUUGUGACCAAAUCUCAGUGAUCCAAGAUGGUAAGAUAGUGGAACAAGGGACUCAUUCAAGCCUUUCUGAGAACAAAAAUGGAGCUUAUUACAAGUUAAUCAACAUCCAACAACAGCAACAAAGACAGUGAUCAUAUGUUACAUAGGACAACCAAAUCAUAUGUUACAUAGGACAACCAACUCUUGUUAAAACAUUUUCUAUUGGGUGCUUAAUAUUCACUUUUAUUUUACACCCUCAUAUUUAUUUAUUUAUUGAACAUUUAUGUCCACUUUAUGUACAUUGAAGUGCUUGUUAAUCUCUGAUAAUAAAGGAUAAUACAUAAUAGAGAAUGGCUUCAAACACCUUAUACA